AUGGCCGCUGCCGGUGACAAAGGUGCGGUUGGUGACCCACGGUGCCCAGCAGCAGGAGCAUCAGCAACGGACACAGAAGCAGUAACACCGGCGGAAGAAGGGUUAGAUGGGGCGCCUUCCUUCAGUUUCGCUGCUGCUGUACGAGCAGCAGCAGAAGCGGCAGCAGCUGCCGCUGCUUCGCACGAGGAAACACUGCACUCGAAGGCUUUCUUUCUGUGGAACUCGGCAGACAGCGCCAGCGGCAGCAAGUGCUGCGUUCAGUUUUCCAGACUUUCGGGUGUUUAUGCAGCAGGAGCAGGGGCAGCAACUGCUGGCAGUGCAGGGGAAGGGGAUCCAACAAAUGCAACUGCCUCAGCAGCAAAUGGCUGCCCCGGUGAGGCCCACACCACAAAAGAAGCAGUAGCGGCUGCUGCUGCAGGGCAAGGCGCCACUGAGAUCUACGAGCAGCAGCUGCACGAGUGCCACGCGCUGCUCCAGCAGCUGCUUGUAGGGGACGCAGCGCAGCAGCAGCAAGCAGAGGCUGUUUUUCUUUCUUGCUGCGAGUCCCCGGGGGUGCUCCUGGCUCUGACUGCCUACGCUAUUUGCGGCUUCAACUCAGCCUUAUUUGCUCAUUCUUGCUAUCAUGCUGCUGCUGCAGCUCAAAAAAGGCUUGAAGCGAGUGGCAGCAGCAGUCGGGGUGGGCCACCGGCGGCGACACAGCAGCAGCAGCAAAAACAGCAACAGCAGAAGCAGAAACAGCACCUAAUUUGCUUGUGCAGUGCCCCCGGAUGCUGCUGCGUAUUUUCGCACCAGGGGCAGCAGAUGCUGCACUCUGCAGCUACAUUGGGCAGCAGCAGCAGCAGCACAAGCCAAGCCAGCAGCGGCUUCCUGCUGCAGGUGUUGUGUGCUACGCUGCUGCGGCAGCUCGUGGGGCCCCGCUGGAGCAGGUUCGACCCCAGCGAACGACAGGCAGCGUUGCUGCUGCUGCUGCACUCCGCCCCAUGCCACCCUCAGGAGCAGCUGCAGCAGCUGCUGCACAAGGUGCUGACACAGCUAGUGGCUUACCAACAGCAGCGCGCAGCGGACCCGUGCUGUUGCUGCGGGCGAAAACUGUUGCAGCAAAAGCUGCAGCAGCUUCGGGCAGCAGCAGACGCGAGAGAUACUCUGUGCAGCAGCAGCAGUGCCAGCAGCAGCAAUGCCAGGUGCAGACAGCAGCCUCUAGAAGCUGCUCCCACCAGUGUACCGCCGCUGCUGUCGGCAGCAGCAGUAGAGGCCAAUGGCACCGCUCCGAACCAGCCGGCAAGCCCUGACGAAACAGCAGCAGCAGCGGCGGGAGCAGCAGCAGCACCAGGAACAGCAGCAGCAAGUAGCACCGAAGCAGCAAGGGAGCCUGCGAGGCCCCAAGUGUCCCGUUCGAACAGUGGCGUGACUGCAGCAGGGGCAGCAUCACCGACGACAGGCCCAGCAGCCGCUGCUGCUGCUGGUGAGAGCAUUGCUGCUGGCUGUUGUUACUCGGGGCAUUUGUGCUGCAGUGCAGCAGAGUGCCUGACGGAACAGGUUUUGAUGCGAGUAACGGAGUUGGUGCAGCGCGCAGCAGCAACACGGAAGGCGCAGCAGGCAGCAGAAGCAGCAGCAGCAAUAGAGAAAGCUCCUUGCUGCGGCAGUCCCCGGUUCGUCAUGCAUGCAACGCUGAGGUUGUUACAGGUGCUGCUCAGGGACUGCCCGAAUUUCCUGUUGCUGCAGCAGCAGCGGCUGCAGCAACUGCUGCAGCUGCUGCUGCAUACCGCAGGCGGACGCCAGACGUAUAGUGUAGUGCUGGCUCCAGGUAUGCUUGCUGCAGCUUCAGCAGACAGCUCCGCCGUUGACGCAGGGCUCACCGCAGCAGCAGUCCUGACACCGCGUGCUGCUAUUGAAAAGACUAGAAGAAGAUUGCAAAUCAAAAAACCUCGAUUGGACACAGCAACGUCAGUUGCGUGCCUCGUGGUCUAUGUGGAACUGCUGGAGACUGCGCAAGCGCACAAGCAACACUGCUGCUGCUGCUGCAGCUGCUGCUGGGUGUCGGCCUUGCUGCAGCACGUUCAGCCUCUGGUGCAGCAACUGCUGCUGCUGUUGCGCAUCAGCAGCAUGCACCUGACAGAUGGAGGUCAUCUCACUGUAGCUGUGCAGACGCUCCGCUGCUGCGUCCUCAUCACCCGUCUUUCCUGUCCUAGCAGCAACAGCAGCAAAUGGCAGUAUCACAGAGUGCAGCUGCCCGCGCUGGAGGCCGACCUGACGCCUACUGCUCCGGCUGUCGCCGCUGCUGCUGUUGCAGCUGCUGCUGCUGCAACAGAUGAGGCCCCCUGCUUGUGCACACCGUCGGAGGCGACACGCAGUACGUCGGCACCUUCACCAGACUCUCCGCUUUCAGGGGCAGCACCAGCAGCAGCAGCAGCUGCUGCUGCAGCUUCUCCCGAAGACAACAGCGGCUUGGCGCUGCCGGAACCCUUACUCAAGUUCAAUAGUCCGUUUGGAGUAGCAGCAACUGCAACGAAUCGUGACUGCUGCAAAAGCUGGGAGUGCAGCAUGCGGGCUGAGUUUGCCGCUGUAGCUCCGCUGCUGCUGGACGCGUGCAUUGCUCUGCUGCAGCGCUAUUUCUGCACAUACGAGGCCUUGCUGCUUCAGGAGGGCGAGGAAGAGCAGCAGCAACAAGGCAGUGGAGCCGCCAAAACCUCCGCAGCAGCAGCGGCAGCAGCAGCUGCAGCAGAGGCCUCUAACGCCCUCAGCACCUCAGGCCGGUGUCUUGUUGUUCAAAGUGUCUGCCUUCUCACAGAGUGUGCUCGCGUGCGUGAAUCCAGGGCUCUGAUGCUGGACUGCGAAACUGAAGCUGCUGCUGCUGUGGCAGCAGCCGUUGCAGCAGCAUCAGCUGCUCCUGUGGGCGACGCUGCGCACGGUGCUGCAGUUGCUGCGGCUGCUGCGAAUGCUUCACAAGAAGCAGACGAGCUUCUCAGUGCGCAGCCUGCUGCAGCACGAACUGGCCAGCAAAUGCAAGUCACAGGGGUGCCUGCUGCUGCUGCUGCAGCCUGUGUCGCCACAGAGGAAGAGAUAGCUGCGGCGCCUUCCCCGGGCUUAACGCUUUUGCUGUCUUUGCUGCUGCCGUAUUGCCAGCUGUCUUUGGCAGAGGAGCAGCAGCUGCAGCAAAACGCCAGCAACUUUAUUGAUUGGAGCAGCACAGAGCAGCGGCUUUUGCUGCAAGCACUGCUGCUGCAGCAUGGGUACAACAGGCAGCAGCUACAGUUUCUGGGCUUUUCUUCUGCAAGCUGUAGUGACGUUUUAACGGAAGCAGCAGCGGUGGCAGCAGGGGAAGCAGCACGGCGACGGUGGCGCCGGCAGCAACAGCAGCAGCAAGAAGAGCAGCAGCAGCGACAACAGAAACGGGAAGCAGAUGAUGAAGAAGCCCUUGCUGGACAGUCUGUUCGCCGCGUCGUGCUGCAGCUGCUGCAUGCUCUUGAAACACCUGUGUCCUAUCAGUGCAGUUGCAGAGACGCUACAAUAUCCUCAAGAGCAAGCCCAGCAGCUGCUGCUGCUACAGCGCAUGCUGCUCCCGAGGAGGAGACCGACGGUUUUUCUGCCUUCGGGGGCGUGGCAGCCACUGCGGCUGCAACUGAGAGCUGCAUCAGCGAGUGCUGCUUGAAUUACUGCACAAGUGCUGACUCCGUAGGGAUCUGGGGGGAUACAACAGCGCAAGAGAAGGCUCAGCAAGCGGCUAGUGCUGCAGCUGCUGCUGCGCGGCGAAUCGUUGCUGCUUCCGUUGCAGAGGCAGCAGAGUCUCUGCUGCUGAUCAGCGCAGAGCGCCGCCAGCAGCAACUGCCCUGGUGGUCUCUAACUGAGGCAGCACUCUGGGCAGUUGGGUCCACGCAAGCAGAAGCCGCCGCAGCAGCAGCAGCAUUAGAAGCGCAUGUACAGUGCAUAGCGCAUGUGUUGGCAGCAGCAGAAGAAGCUGAAGCAGACGCAGCGUCGCCAGGCCCCAUUCCUUCGCUGCUCCUGCGCUGCCGCUGCCUUCUUGUGGCCUGUGUGCUUCGAGUGUACGUACACCGCAAGUACGCGCAGGAGGUGGAGACGCUCGCCAGGCUGGCUCUAGGAGCUUUUUGCGGGGAGAAGAAUCCCUUGCUGCUAAGGUUAUGCGGCUGCGUGGCUUUCGAGGCGUUCGUGUCCUCCAGCAACGACGAGGCAUUUGUCGCGAGCAGCUGCUGCUGUUUUCUGCUAUCCUUGCCGCGUUUUCUCCGCGGUUUCAGCGGCGACUCGAACUGCCUGCUGCUGCUGCUGCUGCUGCAGCGUGUGGUAUUGGUGACGCCUGCUACAGUCCUGCGCCGGCUCUGUCUCGAAGGAUGCUUGGAGGAGCUGCUGCAGCUGCUGCUGCGCGUGGCUGUGCGCAGCCCCCCCACGAACCAGUUGGUUCAGGGGCUAGUCCGCCUCCUUGCCCUUACUUGUCAGAGACACAGCGUGCAGAUUUUUCGGGCCUUGCUGCCACCGCUUGCCCAGCGCCUGCAACGGUGUGCUGCAGCAGACAGAAAGCGAUGUGCAGUUUUGCAGCGGGAGAGCGCAGCAGCAGCCGCAGCAGCAGCAGCAGCGUCAGCAGCAGUUGAGGGGACCUCGACUUCCACCACACCGGGAGAAAGACCUGCUUCUUUGCCACCAGCUCUUGUGGUGUCUCCAUAUGAAGUGUGUACAUGUGUAGAGGCCCUCUCGAGCUGUUUGCUUGCUGCUUUCAUGCAGCUGCAGGAGCAGAGCCAGCAGCAGAACCAACAGCAGCAGAUAGCAGCAGUUGCUUCCGAAUCCGCGGGGAAGUCGCAUGCAGCUGAAGCAGCACCUGAAGCAGAUGACGACACAGUGUCAUACCUCAGCAGCAACGCCACUUUUGCUGCUGUGCUGCGACUGCUCCUUUCUGCGCUGCUGCGCACUGAUGAUGAAGCGCUGCUGCAGGAGGGCAUCUCUUGCGUGGCCCUCGCAGUUGCAUGUGCACCUGACUGUGUAGACCUGGAGCAGCAGCAGCAGCACCAGGAACAGCAGCAGCAAAUGCCACUUUACAACCUAUUGAUGUACACGGCAGGCUGCUUGCAGUCCCGCUGCGAUGUGUCCGCCGCCGUUUCAUCUCGCGCUACUACUCUGUGGGAGCUGCUGGUUGAGGUGUACAGACAGCGGCUGUCUGCCGCACACCUGCAAGAGCUCUUGCAGCUGCUGCUGCUGCGGCAUAGGCAAGCUCGAGAUCCUCAGCUGCGCACACAGUUGCUGCGGACAUCUUGUUGGCUGCUUCUGCAAGACCCUGAAGGCCUCUUUCCCCUUUUGCUGCAGUCGCGCGCAUGCACUCAGCCGCAGCAGCAACAACAGCAACAGGAGCAGAAGGAAAGGCCGCAAGCCCAGCAACAGCAGCAUCAACAGCAGCAGCAGCCGCAGCAGAGGGGCAAUACUGCAGUAGGCUCAGUAGCAGGAACAGCCGCUGCUCCAACUGACGCAGGGGCCAGUGCAGCAGAAGCUCUCAACAACAGUCGCAGGGGUAGCAGCAACGCUUGCAGCCUUGACAGGAAGGUUGCUCCAGCAAAAGGUGCUGCUUCGGCGGGAGACAGCAGGCCGGCCGGGCGAAAGAGCAGCAGCAGCAAUCAAAGGAGUCCCAGCAACAACAGCGUUGCGCAGCAGAUAGCACGACACCGAUUGCGGCGAAGGCAGCAGCAGCAACAGCAGCAACAGCAGCAACAGCAGCAGCUGAUGCCUGAGGCAGCAGGAAGCAGCCUGCAGCUACUGCUAAUUCUGUUGGUGCAGCAUCUGAACGCAGAACAACAACAACGGCUGCAGCGUAACAGGAGAAGCCGCAUGCGCAGCAGCAGCAAAUUUUCCAUUACCAUUUUCGUACGGGCCGCCUGCUCCUUUUUCACUGUGGGUGAGGGACAAUGGCUUCGCGCUAUCGCAGAACAGCAGCAGCAGCAGCAACAGCAGACUGGAGUCUUUCAGACGUGUCUCGCCCAAGCCCUGCUGCAGUGCGUACUGGGGCUGCAUCGCCGCAGGUGCAUUGUAAAGCAGCAGCGAGUGCUGCAGGAGCGUCUGCGGUGCCCUGCAGCUGCUUCCUGGUCCCCUUCUGCCGCAGCACAGGCUGAUGACGGAGCGGCAGCAGCAGCAGAACCGCGCGGCAUAUGCAGACUUUCUGAAGGGGCCUUCAAAGGCACGGCAGAUGACAGUAGUAGCGGUAACGCUAGCAGCAGCAGCAGCAUCAGGAGGCUGCAGCGGCAUGCGUCGCUGCAUCACUGGACGAUGGACACAGGGUUACGCCGGCGUUCUGCUGGCUGGUGCAGCAGCAGGUACAGUUCUGACAGCAGCAGCAACAGCAGCAGCGCAUGCAGUUGCUGCAGCAGCGAAAGCAGCUACAGCAGCAACACCACAAGCAGCAGCGGUCUGCAUGACAGAAAAGGCACGCCUUUCCGUUUGCUGCUAAAACAGCAACGGGUGGGGCUGCUGCAUCAGGCGACACUGGAGGCGCUGCUCUCGUCUGCGGUAACUGCUGCUGCAAACCCGUAUCUGUGUGGGCAUCUGUGGCCUGAGAAGCUGCAGCAACAACUGCAGGAGCUGCAAGAGCUGCAGCAACAGGAGCAGCAGCACUCCAGCCACCGGCACCAAGCGAGGCUCUAUGGCAUGGCGUGCAGCAGGAGCGUUUCGCCCCAGUGCACAGCUAUUUCGCUGGAAGUGCCACCGCUGCAGCAGCAGCAGCAGCAAUUAUCACUGCGGAGCAGCAGUUCCUUCGACGGGAAGAAGGACUCUGAGUGGGAUGCAGGUACACCUGAGGACCCAGUUGCAGCUACAACUGCUGCAGUUACUGGUAGCGGGGCUCAACAGCGGCCUGCGGCAGCGUCGCCUACAUCGGCAGAUGUUUCUGUGGCAGUGCCAGCAGCUGCUGCUGCCACGGCUCCCGAUGGAGCAGCAUGUCACGCAGUCAGCAGUGACAUGAGGUUUUUUGUGCCGCAACAACAGCAGCAGCAUCAGCAACAGUCUCACUCCGUCAAUAUGCCAGCUGUUCUACUCCAACAGAGGCUGCGGCAGGAGGCGCAGCAGCAGCUACCGCAGCAAACGCAGCUGCUUCAGGGCAGGUUUACUACCCAAGAGCAGCAGAACACAACUGCCUUGCGGCUGCUAGCUGCCAGUGACCGGCAGCGACAGCAGCAGCAGGAGGCCGACAGCUCAGAUGAUGGAGAAAUGAGCUCCAGAUUCGAGCACUCUGGCAGCCCUAUUUACGAUUUGGGGUACCGUUUACUGCAACAAGAGCUGAAGCGCAGCGAAGGCGCAGCAGGAACGACAGUGCAGCAGCCGCAGCAGCAGCAGCAGAAGAGCAGCUGCCUUGUUUUUGGCGAUAGCAGGACUUAG